AUGUGCCAACCUCAGCCCUCGGGGGCAGCUGGAGACGUCGAAGGAGCCAGGACCCCCCAUCCCGGUGCGCAGCGCGCCCUCCCCCGCGCCAUCGGGGCCCCCGGCGGCCCAGGCCCUCCCCGCCUCCGCGCGCGGCCCUCCGCGGCUGGAUGCCCGGGGCUGCUCCGCCCGCGGGCGGAGGGGCUCCCGGGGCUGCAGGCAAGGCGGCGGGGAGCCGGAGGGCGCCGGCCGAGCAGGGGCAGAGGACGCACGCGGCCGGCCGGGCGGCGCGCGCUUUCCCCUCCCCCGCGGCCCGGAGCGCGAGCCGCCGUGACGUCAGGGGCCGCCCGCCAGCCCCGCGCUCCAGCGGGCAGAGCGCGUGCGGCCGCCGAGCACAUGGGCCCGCGGGCCGGGCGGACUCCGGGCGGCGGGGCCCGGGGGAAGGGCGAGGGGCCGCGAGCGAGGAUGAGCCCCGGCACGCCCCCGCCCCGGACCCCCUCGAGUGGAUUUCCACGCGGAAAGGAUGUUGGCGGUCCCGGUGACCUGCGGAGACACGGUGGGAGACACCUUUCAGGCAGGACCUGUUUUGCAGGGAGGCAUGUGGAUUCAGAGAACCGAUGUUCAAGGUUUCACAGCUGUUUGAUGAGGAAGUACUUCCAAAGAGCCUAAGGGCUGUGCCCGUGGCUAUUGAACAGCUGACCGCACUGGGACUCACACCCUGGUUUAUCUGGGCCCCGAACCCCCAUCCUCUGAAUGAGGAAUCAGGUGAAUGCAUGCCAGGGGGUGGAGGCGGGCAGGGGAUCACGUGCUGGAAGGCUUGGGAAUUCCAAGGCAGCUGAUCCGUGUCACCCCAGCACACAUUGGAGAGAAACCGAAAUGAAGCAAAGAUAGAGUCUGUCAGCAGUGGGACAGCUGUCACUUGCCCUGGGAACAAACCUCCUUGAUUUAUCUGCCCAGGCUUGGGCAGGCUCCAGCUCUCAGGAUAUCACCGAGAAAUGACGUGGACAUAGCUGGAGAAAUUGUCAGCUCUCCCUUCCUCAGAGAAAGAUGAGGCAGACACCUGCUUGGUAGCAUCGGUGUUGAGGCCUGCGGAGGGAGAGGAAUGGAGGCCAGCUAAGAGGGUGGGAGCUUCACUGACUGGCUCCUCCCCUGGGGACCUGGUCCCUCCUCCCCACAGCCACCCCCUCGGCCUCUGCUGACUCUUGGUCCUGCUAAAAUCAAGCCUGUGACGGAUCACUGCUGCAAGAGAGGGGAGGACAGAGAGAGAACAUACACACACACAGGCGCAGAAGCAGAGAGAGGGUGUGAUGCCCAGCCAGACACGCACCAGAGAUGCUCGCUCUGGCUCCCACCGUGGACUGUGCUGCUCCCUGAUCGCUAUUGCCAGGGACUGCCUGACCCAGCUUUGCGCAUUCCCGUCUCUGCCAACCCCGAUCCCUGAAGUCUUCCUGUUCCCAGAGCACCCCUCUGCACACCCUAUAUUUCGAGGAUGAUGCUUUUUUAGCUUUAUUUUUUUUUAUUUUACUGAUUUAUUAUUAUUUUUUAAAACUUUUUAUUUUGUACCGAAAAGUGAAAGGGUUAGUCGCUCAGUCAUGCCCGACUCUUUGCAGCC